AAAAAUUUUGGUCCAACUCGCCCCGUACGGUGUAUGUUUUGGUCAAAAAUUACCGAAGCAAUUAAGUGAUCAAAUUAGUUAAGUGAGGUAGUAUGCUAAGAGAAUGUGUUCAAAAAUGUGUUAAUCAAGUGGUUUGCAAAAACAAUUUCAGGAUACGGCUCAGGAUAUUGAGCUGUAUCUAUGAUCAAACAAUGAGCAAAAAAGGUAAAAGGUGACACGGGAUGUACGAGGAAAGCCCUUGAUCAAUCUAGAUCGCCGGUACAAAACCUUGGGAGUUGACAAUCGCAGCUGCCUUGUUCUUCUAUUGCUUAAACGUCAGGAUACAAUGCAGGAUAUUGAUCAGAUCGCUAAGUGUUACAAUGUUUGUUGUGAAAGUGAAAGUUGCGAGAAAAGAAAGUGUGAGAGCAGUGAGUGUUCGUGUUGUGUCCUAUUCGAUCUGAUUUAUCCAUCUAUUUAUAGUUACGAAAUACAAACAAGAACUCCUAUAAAAAAGGGAUGCUCCCGAAUAUUCCAUUGUGAACGUUGUAGACCGAGUAAAGUGGCUUCAACGUCUUUCUUCGAACUACUUAGACCGAGUCUUCCGGAGAGAGAGUCCUCAUGAACGUUGCGAUCUCGAACUCAUAUUACUGCACACAAUUCGUUAGUGAUCCUCAGGAUAUCAUUCAGGAUGUUACCAAUAUCCUGAAUGUGUAACCCGGGGUAUGAACAGAUAUCAUAUAGUCAGGAUAUAGCUCAAAAUAUUGACUAAGAUAUAGGCUCAGAAUUUCACCCAUAACAAUUGUCCCCAAAAAUGUUACCGUUAGGUAUCCUGACGCUAACGGUUACAUUUUUCACGAGUAACGAGGUAAUUAAGUGAUAAGACUCUGAUGGGACUGGUUGUAACCACGCAGCCUACAUUUACUCAUUUCACCCCUAUAACUUCUCAUCCUCAUCAUCAUUUAACCUUCACUGAAGAGAAAAAGGUAAACAUCUCUCUCUCUCACUUCCAUCUUUUUCCUCCAUACUCUUCAAUAUUCCGGUGAUCAUAUGGCAAGACAGACAAGAUCUAGCUCCGGCGACUCUGCUCCCACGUUCAUUCACUAGAAUAUUCUCCAAGAUCCGGAGAAGGAAAUAUGCUCUUUCGAUAAUGCCCACUUGUCGGCCCUCCAAACCUCCGGCAUCUUCCCGAAAGGGACGGUGUUCCGGCCAUUUGAUCGGGAAAUCCGAUCAGAUAUGGUUUCCGACGAGUGGUUGUGUUUCAACGCUUUUCCUUUUACCCUAGGGCUGCAAUUUCCCUUUUCAAACUUUAUCACCGAGUUCUUCAACACUACCAAAAUCUGCUUCAGUCAGACAAUGCCAAUGCUUUGGCGAGUCUUGUCUGUUGUUGAUCAAAUCAAGAACAAUCAUAUCCCUGACCUUUCCAUUCACGGCCUCCCCUUAGCAUACCGGCUUAGAUGCAAUGGUUCUUGUCGAUUUUUGUUUUAUUCCACUUCGGGUGAUCCACUGAUACUCCGAGCCACCAGGAACGGAGAGGAGUGGAAAUCAAAGUUUUUCUUUAUAAAAAGAGAUUCAAUCCCUGGUGGAGCAGAUUAUCCGGUGAAAUGGUUGAAAAGGGUAGGACUUAGGGUUUUAGGAUGAUCCUGCCUUAUAUCCUGCUUUAUAUCUUGUAUUGACUUUUCUGUUUUCUUGUAUACAGCUGACUUCAGGAAACUUGCACCCCCCCUUAGCCGACUCACAAAAAAGAAUUGACGCCAUCAGACUUCUCCUUGAAGCCGAAAGAAGUUUCAACCCAUCUCCAGCAUCUCCAAGUCCACUUUCCAGUGCAAACAUGUCUAAUUCCAGCAAAGUUCCAAUAUUCCUUGAUCUUGACGAACUCGACAGUUAUCCUACUCCACCCGUUGUCAAGAAAGAGGCUCCUGCUGCGACCAGCUCAAAACCGCUUCCGGCUCCCAAGCCUACUACGAGGGCUCGUGCUUCCACCGCAAAAAAGAGAAAGGGCUCCGAAGUCAGCGUCCCAGGCCCCGAAGGAUUCUCCUAUGAUGAGCUCAGUUUUACUGAUUCCUUGGAGCUGAUGACAUCCUUCCUUAAUAAGGGCCUCCAGCAUCUGCUCCACCUUUACAGCGAUGCCUGUGGUACCGUUGCACUUCAUGAAGCCAGGAUCAAACAGCUCGAGACCACCAUUGCCGAUCAGGGUGUCAUUGCCGAAGCCAAGACUCGGCAUUAUGAGGACAAACUGAAGAAGGUCACCCAGGAUGCCGAGGUCAAGCUGGCUACCGUUCAAAUGGAGCACGAACAGGCCAUGGUUUCCUUCCGGGAAGGGAUCAAAGCUUCUGCCAUUGUCUCUCUGCUACAGGCUCGUAUCAAGAUGGCUUAUGAGGCCAAGGAGACAGGGCUUGAGUGCCCAGCCUGGCCGGUUGAAUCCUGGGUGGCAAAGUUGAAGGAGCUUGGAGGCAAGGCAGUGCCAUAUCCUGGCGAGACCGGUGAAUCUUCCAAGUCAGCAGAAGUGUUGGACAAGGCUGAGGAGAAGAAGGAUGUUGGGGCGGAUGCUGGUGAGGAUGCUGCUCAGGAUGCUGAAGCUGAGAAGACGGAGAAGACUGGUGAGGAUGCCGCUGUGUGAGGGCACUUGAGUGGGCGAUGAUGGAUGUUUAUGCCUAGGCCGGAGCCCACUUUUUUAGAUUUGAUGGUUGUGGUCCUUCGAACAAUUUACUUUUCUUGUCUUUAAAACAAUUUACUUUCCUGCAUUUAGACAAUAUGAUGACCAAAGGUGGAUGGGUCCUGGGUUUCAGGAUGAAGCCCUUGGUCAUCAAUUAGUAUAAUCUGUUUUGAACAAUAUAACAGUUGGAGGUGGAUGGGUCUCAGUUUGAGAUGAAGCCUUCAACUGUUAUGUAAAUAUAACCACGAACUUAUUGUGCUUUCGGUGGAUGGGUCUCGGUUUGAGAUGAAGCCGAAAGCACAAUCUUUUGCCAUAUUAAUAACAUAACUCUCUUUUGACCU